AUGAGUGAGCCGGCAUCGCAUACGAAGGAGCCCGCCAGCCGCAGUGGCAGCGGCGGUAGUGGCGGCAGCUACGUGCUCGUGUUCCGGGACUUUGUGCCUGCGAGGCGGGAGACGUCGCGGCGGUUUGUGGACGAGCACGGCGUGUACAAGCACGCGCACAAGACGGAGAGCUUUGCAUCGCUGAUGGACCGCGUGAACCGCUUCAUCGCAUCGGAGGGCGUCAAGGUCGUCAAUGUCGAGACACUGCAACUCCCAUACGCAGACGCAGCCGCCCUUACAGAGUACAAGUCCGAGCUGGCAUGCGACACGGGCGUGCAGACGAUGGUGCAAUGUGUGCGCCUGUGGUACAUGGCAGCAGCGGCUACUGACCCACACCUCCCAGAGGCAUAUGCAUGCCAGUUUGAUGAGAUCCAAGGCAGAGCCGUUCCUUCUGUGGAGGAACUCUAACCUAUG